UCCCGGCCUUGGGAGAGCCCUAGGACCCCGAGGUCCACUUCCGGGGUCACAGGUCACUGGCUUAGGGCUCCGCGCUCGCCCCUCUUCAGUAGCAGCCGGCCCAAAGGGGAGGCCGGAAGAAGGAGCCGCGAGCCGCCAGCCUGCAGAGGCGCAUGCGCCCCACGGGUCCAGUUGGGACCCGGAAAAGGAAAACCUGACGGCAGGAAUGCGCAAGCUCGGGAAGGUGGUGAAGGGAGAAGAGUGGGGGAGCCCUUUGGGCAUGCGCAGAGUCCUUGGCGAGGGAAAAAGCUCAAAAAAAAAAAGUGCUUGAGCGCAUGCGUACACCUAGGCGUUGCCAACGAAGCGGAGGCCACGGGACGGUCAGCUGAGUGACCAUUGGCUACAGCGGAACUCUGCGCACAGCUCUUCCAAUGAGUUACAGGAGGCGGGAAAAAGCAUGCGAGCGUGGGUUCCCCAGGGCCACAGGAAGAGCCCGGCUGUGCUUGAGCUGCCCUCCUGGCCCGCCCCUUUUAGCUACAGGACCUCAAACGUCAGGAGCGUCGUGCUCCCCGAGCAGCCUCUACUUCCGGGUCAGAGCGCAGACCUAGCGUGUAGAGAGCCACCCACUAGAACAGGCAGGAAUAAUCGAAACAGGAUAACGUCGUUUUCUUAAAGUGGCAGGCUCGAGGCAAUUGGGGUCCACGCAACGGGGAUGAGGGCUACUAUAGACACACCUAAGCGAAGUACAAGGCGAAGUUCGGGACAACAGUCACGGGUGUCCUCCGACUGGGGAAGGUUCUUGAAGUUGAGAGGAAGAAGCUGGCCUCAGCCCAUUCCAGGAGCCUGAGGUGCCCCCAGAAGGGUCCACCUUCCGUCUCGCCCCCUCCCCAUCCCGCCGGCUCUCAAGCAGCUUCUGGCCCACGUUUCAGACACGGAGAGAACGAGGCGCAGAGGAGAUGGGCCACGGCGUCCUGCCACUUCUUGACCGGGACCAAACCCAGACUGGGUUUGCCUCGCUCCCAAGCCAGGUUCUUUAGCCCCGUUUGCUGAUGCGGUGGCCGCCCUGGGCAAGCUCCUCCGUCCUCAGUCUGCUGUGACGGGGGCCAGGGCUACCCUGUCCCUCCCGCCCCGCCUCCCCAGGAACUCCCCAGCCAGACGCCCGCAGCCUCUGGGAGGGGAGAGGUGCUCCCCGCCCGCGUCAUCUGAUGCUGUUUCCUGCAGGAGGGAGAAGAGCGGAAAAAAGUGAAACUCCACCCUCCACCUCUGCCUCCCGCCCCCGGGGCCAAAGUACAAAGGGAGGAGGAAGAAGGGAGCGGGGUUGGAGCCGUCGGGUGAAAGAGUCUGGCCAGGAAGAGGCAGUUCGGCCCAACCAGGGACACUCCAGCCACCCCCUGCACAAAAAGAUCAAGCGGAGCCCAGGCGCUGCUCCUCGCCCGCCCCACCUUACACUUGGCGGGUGCCGAAGCCAGGCACCCAGGACUGCUCCAGGACUGAGGGACAGACGCCCAGGCCCUCCAAGCCGGCCAUGGUGAGAUGCCGGAGGCCCCGGGGUCCCACCCCCCAAGCCUGACCACACUGCCCUGGGCUGCCCGCCUCUAGAGACCGGAGAUGCGGGGGGCCGGGAGGCGACACUCCUGGCUCCCCAGAGAGGCGUGGGUCUGGGGCUGAGGGCCAGAGCCCGAAUGCCCAGGUUCCGGGACUAGGGCCUCCGAAGCCACCAGGGGCAGGGACCAGGGGCACCCCAAAAAGGUCCCCCCACGCCCUACGCCGGCUCCCAGCCAUGGAGCCCUUGAAGAACCUCUUCCUCAAGAGCCCACUGGGGUCAUGGAACGGUGGGGGCGGUGGGGGCAGUGGGGGUGGCAGCGGAGGCUGGCCAGAGGGACCCCCGAAGGCAGCAGCUUAUGCCAAUCCUGUGUGGACAGCCCUGUUCGACUACGAGCCUAAUGGGCAGGACGAGCUAGCCCUGCGGAAGGGCGACCGUGUGGAGGUGCUGUCCCGGGAUGCAGCCAUCUCAGGCGAUGAGGGCUGGUGGGCAGGCCAGGUGGGCGGCCAAGUGGGCAUCUUUCCAUCCAACUAUGUGUCUCGGGGUGGCCCGCCCCCCUGUGAAGUGGCCAGCUUCCAGGAGCUGCGGCUGGAGGAGGUGAUCGGCAUCGGUGGCUUUGGCAAGGUGUACCGCGGCAGCUGGCGAGGCGAGCUGGUAGCCGUGAAGGCUGCUCGCCAGGACCCUGAUGAGGACAUCAGUGUGACAGCUGAGAGCGUGCGCCAGGAGGCCCGGCUUUUUGCCAUGCUAGCCCACCCCAACAUCAUCGCCCUCAAGGCUGUGUGCCUGGAGGAGCCCAAUCUGUGCCUGGUGAUGGAGUAUGCGGCGGGUGGACCCCUCAGCCGGGCACUGGCUGGGCGUCGUGUGCCCCCCCACGUGUUGGUCAACUGGGCUGUGCAGAUUGCCCGAGGGAUGCACUACCUGCACUGUGAGGCCCUGGUGCCCGUCAUCCACAGAGACCUCAAGUCCAACAACAUUCUGCUGCUGCAGCCCAUCGAGGGCGAUGACAUGGAGCACAAGACCCUGAAGAUCACUGACUUUGGCCUGGCCCGAGAGUGGCACAAAACCACGCAAAUGAGCGCUGCGGGCACCUAUGCCUGGAUGGCCCCCGAGGUCAUCAAGGCCUCCACCUUCUCUAAGGGCAGUGACGUCUGGAGCUUUGGGGUGCUGCUGUGGGAAUUGCUGACGGGGGAGGUGCCCUAUCGUGGCAUCGACUGUCUUGCUGUGGCUUAUGGAGUGGCCGUUAACAAGCUCACGCUGCCCAUCCCAUCCACCUGCCCGGAGCCGUUCGUGCAACUCAUGGCGGACUGCUGGGCUCAGGACCCCCACCGCAGGCCCGACUUCGCCUCCAUCCUGCAGCAGCUGGAGGCACUGGAGGAGCAGGUCCUGCGGGAAAUGCCCCGGGACUCCUUCCAUUCCAUGCAGGAGGGCUGGAAGCGCGAGAUCCAGGGCCUCUUCGACGAGCUGCGGGCCAAGGAAAAGGAACUGCUGAGCCGCGAGGAGGAGCUGACCCGCGCGGCGCGGGAGCAGCGGUCGCAGGCGGAGCAGCUCCGGCGGCGCGAGCACCUGCUGGCGCAGUGGGAGCUGGAGGUGUUCGAGCGCGAGCUGACGCUGCUGCUGCAGCAGGUGGACCGCGAGCGGCCGCACGUGCGGCGCCGCCGCGGCACCUUCAAGCGCAGCAAGCUCCGCGCGCGCGACGGCGGCGAGCGCAUCAGCAUGCCGCUGGACUUCAAGCACCGCAUCACCGUGCAGGCCUCCCCCGGCCUGGAUCGGAGGAGAAAUGUCUUCGAGGUUGGGGCUGGGGACUCGCCCACUUUCCCCCGAUUUCGGGCUAUCCAGCUGGAACCUGCAGAACCAGGCCAGACCUGGGGCCGUCAGUCCCCCCGGCGUCUGGAAGACUCGAGCAACGGCGAGCGGCGAGCGUGCUGGGCCUGGGGUCCCAGUUCCCCCAAGCCUGGGGAAGCCCAAAAUGGGAGGAGAAGGUCCCGCAUGGAAGAAGCCACGUGGUGCCUGGAUUCAGAUGACUCAUCUCCCUUAGGAUCGCCUUCCACACCCCCAACUCUCAAUGGUAACCCCCCGCGGCCGAGCCCCGAGCCGGAAGAGCCCCGGCGGCCAGGCCCCACGGAGCGUGGCAGCGGCUCCGGGACACCCAAGCUGAUCCAGCGUGCGCUGCUGCGCGGCACCGCCCUGCUGGCCUCGCUGGGCCUCGGCCGGGACCUGCAGUCCCCCGGGGGGCCUGGCCGCGAGCGUGGGGAGCCCCCGCCAACGCCCUCCACGCCGCUGCCCCCACCUUCCCCCGCCGAGCCACCCCCAUCCCCGCUCAUCCGCUUCUCACCCAAGAGGCCGGAGGCCCCCGCCUCCCCGCUGAGCCCUGACGCCCCCCGCCCUCGCACCCCUGCGCCUCUGCUACUGGAGUUGGGUGUCCCCACUGGCCAGCCGUCAGCCAAGAGCCCCCGACGCGAAGAGGAGGGGCGCGGAAGCACUGUCUCACCCCCGCCUGGGAUCUCCCGCUCCGCUCCCGGCACCCCAGGCACCCCACGCUCCCCACCACUGGGCCUCAUCAGCCGUCCUCGGCCCUCACCCCUCCGCAGCCGCAUCGAUCCCUGGAGCUUCGUGUCCACGGGGCCACGGCCUUCGCCCCUGCCCUCUCCACAGCCCGUGCCCCGCCGGGCACCCUGGACCUUGUUCCCAGACUCGGACCCCUUCUGGGACUCCCCACCGGCCAACCCCUUCCGGGGAGGCCCUCAGGACUGCAGGGCGCAGACCAAAGACAUGGGUGCCCAGGCCCCAUGGACGCCGGAGGCAGGGCCCUGAGCAGGCCGGCUGCUGCCUCACGCUCCAGCUGCCCUGGAGGAGCCGCAUACACUGGAACGGGAGCCGGCAGGCCUUGCUUCUCCCGGGGAGCCGCCCCGCACAGGGCCAGGAACACUACACUGCACAGGAAGCCUUCACACUGGAUGGGGGGCCUGCACCCCCACACACUUGCAACCUGUGGGUCCCCGACUUUCCUGCCCUAUGGGGCCCAACACUGUACCCAGCUGACUGGGAGGACCAGAGCCUGUCUCAGGGAAUCGCACCCAGGUGGUGCGGGGGAGGGGAGGCGCGGGCGAGGGGCCAGCCUCAGCUGCCACCAGCACUUUGGACCAAGUCCUGUGACUGGGGCCCCUGCCCCGGGCUUAGUGCUUAGUGACCCCUACCCUGGGGUCAUCUGGGGCCAGGGGCUCUCUGGGUGCCUUCCUGCUGCCCCAGCCGGGGCUGGGGCCUCGGCCUUGGGAUCCAAUGAAGCCAAAUAAACUCAUAAACUGUUUCCCCAAGCACAGCCUGUCACCUUUCUGGGGUACCAGGGCUCCAACCUCUCACAGGACCCUGGGGACCUCCUGCCCCCGAUAGGGUGGGGGCACGUCAGCCUGGGCUUGGGCUGGGGCACCUGGCACCACACUCCUGCGAUCAAGUCCACUGGCCUCAGGCGUUCAAGGCUCUUCUCAGCACUGGGGCACUGGCCUUGCCCGCCCUCCCCAGGCCACCCCCAUGGUUCAAAUGGCUGGUCUCCCUGGUGGCUCCCGCUGGCCUUCUGGGUCCAGCUGCACUGUCCUCUCUGAAGAUCACUCC